UAGUAUGAAAUCUAAGUUGACUUCGAUCAUAGGAAUACAGAGCAUGGAUUCUGUUAGUGAUGAUGUUGCAACUUAAAAUUAGACCAAAAUUUUUGUGUUAUAUAUGAUUAAUGAUUAGAUUUCUAAAUGCAGCUUGUGGAGCACUUUCUGGAGGAGACAUGUGUAAACCCUACUUUCAUUAUUAACCAUCCAGAGAUUAUGAGUCCAUUGGCAAAGUGGCAUAGGUCAAAACCAGGCUUGACUGAACGUUUUGAAUUAUUUGUCAACAAGCGUGAAGUUUGCAAUGCAUACACGGAGUUGAAUGAUCCUGUGGUACAACGCCAACGGUUUGCUGACCAACUCAAGGACCGACAAUCAGGUGAUGAUGAAGCAAUGGCUUUGGAUGAAACAUUUUGCAUGGCUCUUGAGUAUGGUUUGCCCCCAACUGGUGGUUGGGGACUGGGUAUUGACCGACUAACAAUGAUGAUGACAGAUUCGCAGAACAUCAAGGAAGUUCUACUCUUUCCGGCCAUGAAACCUCAGGAUGAACCUUCUGCUAAAGAACACAUCCAAACAGCUUCUGGCUUGGGUCCAGUAUAGGUUUUCAAUCUGCCAAUAUGCAUGCAAAUCUGCCUACAGAAGGUUUAC